UCUUUUUCGCUAAAAGUAAUCAGAAGAAGUUUUCCUCCACCAGUGAAGUGGAUUCAUGGACACAUUAUUCCGUGGACAUGGGAUUCUUCAGUCACCAUUGGUGAAGGGAAACUGCCUUCGUAAUAAUUCAUGGAUAAAACAAUGCAUGUUUCAAAGCAAAAAUCUUCAGCCAAAAAGAGAAAGCAAGCACAACUGUUUUUAUUCUUUCCCUGCUUAAGGCAAGUAUAAUUUAAAGGUUAACAGGGACAUAUGAUGAUGAUAUGGUAGGGACAACCAGUUGAUCCUUUUAGGAACUCCGUUCUUCUUCAUAUCCUUUCUACCCUGUUACCAGUUGAGCCAAUGAGUUCUCACAACUGUCACAGAAAAAGAAUUGAGUACCGGAGUAAAACAAGAAUAAAGGGCUCCUUUAAGAACACGUAAGUUCUUAGAAACUCCUUAUACAGAGCUUUCAAUGAAUCAAUAUAUAAUCAAACAUUGGGCGUUGCAUUGAGAUGGACUGCGUGUGGAAAGAUAAGUGAGAGAGAUUGCGAUAAAACCAUGAAUCCUAAGCUUUACGAGGCUGCAAGCCAUGGUAAUACUACCCUGUUAAAGCUACGAGAAAUCCCUGAUGUAGAUCAGCAAGCAACGAGGCCAACAGCCAACACAGCCCUUCAUAUUGCUGUGUACUACGGACACAACCAGUUUGUGCAAGAGCUCUGCAACCAGUGUCCGUCGCUCCUCACACAGGCAAACUCCGACGGUGACACUCCGCUGCACGUUGUAGCGAGGACUGGAAAUAAAGAUAUAGCUAGUUUUCUUAUAUCAAGAAUAAGGACUGAUGAUAUUGAAUGUGGAGGUGAAGCUGAGAACCUGAGAAUGAGAAACAAAGAUAAUUACAUGGCCUUGCAUGAGGCUGUUGUAAAUAAGAAUCUUGAAGUGGCAAAGUUGCUGACUGAGGCUGAUCCUUGUUGUUCAUGUCAUGACAAUGAGGCCGACCAGUCUCUGCUGUACUUGGCUGCUCAAACGGAAGAGCUAGAAAUGGUGAAGUUGAUCUUAGAAGAACCAGCAGCUUAUGGUGGAACCAAAGGCGAGAAAGCCUUGUAUUAUGCUGCGGCCAGGAAAUAUUUUGAUAUUGUGGAAGAACUUACAGACAAGAAAAUACAAAUCAUCCAAGGGGCAGACGAAUAUGGAAAAACAGCUCUCCACUAUGCAGCAGAAUUUGGAAACCAUAAUAUGGUAGAGAAGUUGAUAUCAAAAUACCCAUCCAGUGUAUAUACAUUGGAUAAAAAUGGUCACUCUCCACUUCAUAUUGCAGCACAAGAAUUCCAGCUCAAAGUUGUUAAAGAGCUUAUUAAACAUUGCCCAGAUUGCACAGAGCAGCUAAGCAAGGAAGGAGAGUCCAUUCUUCAUUUUGCAGUGAAGAGUGAAAAGUUAAGAAUGGUGAUCUAUGUUGUAGAUAUAUUGGGCCUUGGAAGAUUGAUGAACAAGGCAGAUGUAUAUGGAAAUACACCUUUCCAUGUAUCUGCCAAACUCACUUGUUCGAGGACAUUUUUUUAUUUCGCAUUCGAUGCGAGGCAAGAUCUAUGGAAACUUAACAAGGAACAGCAAACAGCUUUUCAAAUUCAAGACAAGCAGCCUCGCAACUCAAUAUUUUCCGUGAUGUCGAGCAUGUGGGUCAAAUUUAUAGGACCUCAAAGUUGGAGAGAAUGGUUCAAGAAGCUUGGAAAAGAAAACCAAGAUGAUAGUAAACUAAUGAUUGAUUCAUACAAGCAAAUGGCAGGAACUCUGGGGACAGUUGCAACACUCAUUGCCACUGUUACCUUUGCAUCUGCCUUACAAGUACCUGGUGGGUUCAGUAGUGGUGGAGAUGACUCAAUCCAAGGAAUGGCUACUCUUGCAGGAGACCCAUUCUUCCAAGAUUUUUUGAUAGCUGAUACCAUAGCUAUGGGACUCUCCUUAACAGCUAUGUUUCUCAUACUCUUUGGAACGUACUUUAAUAACAAAAAACUUAUCAUAUUCAUGGAAGCUGCUAGAAUCUUGAUCUUCUUGUCUUUCCUGUCAACUGGGAUGGCUUUCAUGGAAGGUGUGGCUGCAUUGUUGCCUGGUGGUGACCUCAGAAAUCUCAUCACUCGUGGAUAUGGAAUUGCAGUUUGGUGCCCAUAUUUUUUUGCGGUCUUUGGGUUUCUCAUAUUUGUUUACCCUUUAGUGAUUCCCACUGCUAUAUAUGUUUACCAAUCAACACCCCUUGGUCUUAGAGGAUGGGAGUGGUUUUCUAAAUUUACUAGUUGUAUUUGUUGUCUUCAUAAAUGAUAUGUACUAAUAAUUUAUGACUUCUAACCUAGCUUUCAGGACUUAAUAAAUUUAUGUAGGGGAUUAAUUUG